AUGUCUAAUUUUAAUGAUCAGUUUUCUAGUAGUGAAAUUCGCAAGAUUAAAGAUUUGAUCUACAGUUAUAAAGAUGUUUUUAGUUUAUCAGAUAUGGAUAAAGGGGGAAAGAUUGAAACCCAAUGGCUGAAUCCAGAAGAGCCCUAUGUAGAUACACGAGUUGUUUCUAUGGAAGAUUUUUUACAAGCUACUACUGGAAGCAGAGCAAUUGUAAAGAAUGCAGCAACUGUCAACACUUGUGCUCCUUCUAUAACUAUUACCCAAACAGAAUUAAAUCAAGAUUAUUGUUUUUUCGAAAACUCAAUGAUCAAUAUAACUGUGGCAUAUGGCUUCGGGAUUAAUUAAUAUUUGACUUCAUUUGAUUGGAUAUUUAUUAUGUUCGUUCGUUAAUAGUUCAAGGAAUGAACUUUCUUGUGAUUAUUUUCAAAUUGCCCUAUACAAUGUACUUUUAGAGAUAUGACCUCUUGAACCUAGGCAAAUUCACCAUUUUGAUGUAUUUACUUUUGUAUGUGGACAAUAAAAAUUAUGUCAAACAAUAUUCGAUCAUUCCGCUUUCAUAUGAUUUUAUGACUGUACUGAAUAACAUGGUUUUGUAGAUAUGGGGAGUUGAAUAUAGGUAGGGUUGGAGAUUUUGUCCUGAAUGAUUUUUUAAAACUAUUGUUCUUCUUAAUGAAGUUUGUAAAUUUCAUUUUUUGUUGUAUUUGUUCAUAAAUUGACAGUGAUGUUGUAGAUUUACGAAAUUUUAAUAAUUCUGUAACGAAACAUGUCUUGCAUCGUAUACAAUUCUAGUUUAUUUCAAUAAUUGAUAUUACAAUGUGAUUAGGAUCGUUAUCCUUAGUUUUGCUAAUUUCUUAGUGAGGUUCAUAUUUUCUAAUUAUCACAUAAAUAAGGUUUAUAUUAAGUAAUACAGAAAAUAUUAUGUUUGUUUAAACAAUAAAUCAUUUUAUUAACCGUC